AUUAAUCCCGAUCCCGAUAAUAAAUAAGUCACAUGACAAACUUGUGUUGCGUAAAUUAGUCACACAAACUUGUUUUGUGUGUGAACGUUCAAAAUGUUCCAGUACCUGAUACUUUCAUUGGUUUUAGGUCUUACUUAUUCUGAUAAUGCAAUUCCAGAGCAGAUACACCUCUCCUAUGGCCGAGAUUCAACACAGAUGUAUGUCACAUGGAGCACAAUGAAUGCUACCCAGAAUGCCACCUGUCUUUAUGGAGUAGCGACCCUCUCUCAACAGGCCAAAGGCAGUACAACAAAGUUUGUGGAUGGAGGCCCGGAGCAACAUACCCAGUACAUACACAGGGUCCUACUGACUAAUCUACAACCUGGCAAGAAGCACAUGUAUCAAUGUGGAAAUGGGAAAACCUUCAGUAAAGUGUUCACCUUUAAAGCUCUCCCUAUGGGUUCUGAUAUAGGAGUGCGUAUAGCCCUGUUUGGAGAUAUGGGAAGUGAAAAUGCACAAUCUUUACCAAGGCUCCUUAAAGAUGUCCAAAAUGAUAUGUAUGAUGCCAUUUUCCAUGUGGGAGAUUUUGCUUAUGAUAUGGACUCAGACAAUGGCAAAAAUGGGGAUGUAUUUCUUCGAGCCAUUGAACCAAUAGCUGCAGCUGUACCAUACAUGACUUGCCCAGGAAAUCAUGAAAACAAAUACAACUUUUCAAACUACAAGAACAGGUUUACUAUGCCAGGAGAUGAGCAGGGGAAUCUGAUGUAUUACAGCUUCAACAUGGGACCUGUACAUGUCAUUUCCAUUAGCACUGAGUAUUUCUUCUUCAUCAAUUAUGGAAUCAUGCAGCCCAUCCACAUGUAUGAAUGGCUGGAGAAAGAUCUCCAGGAAGCCAGCAAACCCGAGAACCGAGCCAAGCAGCCAUGGAUCAUUGCUAUGGGACACAGACCAAUGUACUGCUCCAAUAACGACCAUGAUGACUGUACUCACCACGAAUCACUGAUCAGAAUAGGAAUUCCCUUCAUUCACGUUCUGGGCAUGGAGAAAGUCAUGUACAAGUAUGGGGUGGAUCUAAUGUUUUGGGCUCAUGAACACUCUUACGAACGCCUCUGGCCGGUAUACGACAGAAAAGUUUACAAUGGAAGUUUAACAGCUCCAUACACAAACCCAAAGGCUCCAGUACAUGUCAUUACAGGAUCUGCAGGAUGCAGAGAAAAGCAUGAUCCUUUCCGUAACAAUACGGCCGAGUGGUCAGCCUUUAGGAGUAUAGAUUAUGGCUAUACCCGUAUGAAUGUGUACAACUCGACUCAUCUGUACGUAGAGCAGGUGUCAGAUGAUAAGAAUGGAAAAGUUAUCGACAGUUUUACACUGAUUAAAGAUAAACAUGGACCAUAUGCGUAACCUUUUACCUAUUAAACUCAGUCAAGCAAACAGAUGAAAUGUUCAAAUUAGUACUCAGAAUGAUUUGGAAGAAUCACAGGAGAAUAUGACUGUGAUAUUUUGUGCUUUAAAUUUUGCAAUGUAUGCUAUAUUGUACAUUUUUGAACUUAAAAUUGCAUAUAUAGAGAUUUCACACAUUCCAUUGCAAUGUGUUUAAUAUAUGUUUAUCAUAAAUGUCUCAUUUACAUUUUUUGAUGUGUAGAUAAAAAAGUCAUAUGUAAAACAAUGGGGUGCAUAGAUCAAGGUUGAUGUAUGUCAAAUUUCUAGAAAAAAGGGGUUGUAUGAGGAAAGCAGGCAGUAUUUCAAUAAAAUGUCAGUUCUUCAAGUAAAAUCAAAUGUCAUGGUUAAAAUUCAAGAUUUAUCUUAAUACUAUGAGAAAAAUUACAAUUGAGAAAAAAAUUCUCUUUGGCCUAUAUAGAUAGAUACGUGUCACUUCCUGUAGAUAUGUAUGUCUGACCCUUUUUAUUGACCCCUCCUUGGUAAACACAUUGAUAUUUUCCUCUCUUAUUUUUUGCUCUGAAAUGUAUCCUGCUUAGUAAACUGUACAUUAUGUAUAAAUGUCUGCUUUGUGAAGGGUUGUUUGUUCAUUGGAAAAAAAAAAAGAGAAAGUCAUUUCCUUGGUUUACAAUAACUAAAGGCUAACUUUAAUGUUACUUAUAUUUCAAGCAGAUUAUUGCAUCCCAAUUGACCUUUGUUUACUUUAGACCUCUUUGACCUUUGCGGACUUUUCUUUCAAAUCAGUCCAACAGUGUAGAUAAUUAUUUAAAUGUUUUUUUUUAUACUGAGUAUGCAUAUAAUUCAAAUAGAUUUUUUUAAAUGAAAUUUUGAAAAAUUGAUGAAAUUAUUUCCUUGGUUUGCAAUUCUCAUAAUUAUACAUCUAAAGGCCAAGUUUAUUAUACAUCAGAAAAGAGAUUGUAAAAAAAAAAUGUAAAGAAAUUAAUUUGCUUAUAUUUUAAGCAGAUUAUUGUAUCCCUGUUGACUUGUGUUUACUGUAGAUCCCUAUGACCAUUCCGGACUUUUCUUUCAAAUCAGUCCAACAGUGUAGAUAAUAAUUUAAAUGGUUUUAUUGAUUCCGUAGAAGCACAAAUUUUUGUGGGGAUAAAAUUUCGUUGAUUUAAUUGUCAUCAAAAAUAGUUUUGUGGGCAUUUAAUUUCGUUGUUUUGAAAGUAGCCUUAUUCAAUAUAUAGUCAUAUAAAAUUUCAUGUGGGAUUUAAUUUCGUUGAUAAUUGUUACGUGUAACAACAAAAUAAACGAAAUUUAAUCCCCCGCGAAUAUUUGUGCUUUUACAGUAUGCAUGUAAUUCAAAUAAAUUUUUUAAAAUGAAAUUUUGAAAAAAGACAGGGAAUCAUACAGUAUUACAAUUUUCUUUGCUUUCAUCCUUUUGUAUAGUUAGAAUAAUCUAACUUUUUCUUUGGGCAGGCCCUCAUAAAGGGGUCCGUACCACAAUAUCAUUUUAACAAUAAAAUGUUCCAUCUACUUUGAGUUCUGGCUUUACUGCUUGACAAAGUCUGCUGACCGAACACAGGUUUGUAGUGAACUUUAGAUAUUACUUAAGCUAUUAUAUAGGUCACAUUCUUGUGGUGCUCAGUGUCUGCUGUUAGUAUUAUAGUAGCUGGAGAUGGAGGUUUAUACCUCACAGUGCUUUAUCUUUUAGUCAUUUAUAACUUGUCAUUGUGCACAAUGUAUUCAUUCUCUGUUUUUUGUAUACAUGUACACAUGUACCUAUUAAUUUAUCAUACCAGAUGAAAUUAAUUGUGAUUUUCAUUUAUAAGGAAGGAACUUGUUCUCAGAAAUAAAACCAACAAUAAAGAUAUUUCUUUGUAAAUUUA